ACACGUCACCAGAGGAAAGGAUUUAAAUUUAAAAACAUUAAAGACAACGAGGCACUUUUUUUUGCUUUUUUGUAAGAAAAAUGAGUACUAAAAAUAAUCUUGGUGUAGAUGAAAGUAUAUUUACAGUAAUAGAGAUGCUGGAAAUAAUGCUACGGUCAAAAAAAGAAACACAAGAAGAUUGUGCUUUCGCAGAUUAUUUAAGAAUCGAGAUAAAAUUACAGAAAAGAGAAAAAGAGUAUUUAAUUCAAAUUCUCAACACCGACUUAUUCAAGGAUGAACAUUUUGACAUUGUACUAGAGUUAAAGAAUCAUUUUAAAGCGAAAAUCAUGUUCAAGACAGAAAAUGAAUUUAAUUUCAAAAAUAAAAUCGACGCCGAAAAUCUGAUCACUUUAGAAUCAAGUGAUGAAACGGAGUCUGCUGCGGAAAUACUUCCUUAUCUUGGAAAAUCCUUUUACAUUCAAUUGCAGAAAAAGUUGAAUUCGGAACAUUUAGAAGAAUUUCAAAGCUUGGUGAUAAAUAAAAUUCACGCUUUGAAUAAGUUACAUUCAAAUGUAAACUUUACAUUUCUACGAGAUUCGAUAUUUUUACAUGAUGAUGGUGCUGAAUAUAAAAAAGGUGAAGAGCUUUGUGAUUUUGUGAGUUCCACUUUUCUGAAUAUCGUUAAACAAAGCCAGAGAGAAGAAUACAGAAGAAAAACUUUCAAUCUUUUUAAUGCGAAUAGUUUUGAAGAAUUAAAUUAUUCAAUUAAACGAUAUUUACUAUCGCAAAUUUAUGGUGAGAAAAUCGCAAUUAAACAAAGAAGUUAA